UUCUCAUUGAACAUUUAAAAAAAUAAAAAAAGAGUUGUCUUCUCAUUGUGGAAAGCUUCUAGGGUUUGUUUAUUGCAGGCUUAUCAAGAAGAAGAGGAGGAGGAAUGAAGGAAAACGGUAAAAAGCACGGCGCAUUAUCGCCAUGCGCGGCAUGCAAGUUACUCAGACGGAGAUGUGCGCCGGACUGUGUAUUCGCUCCCUAUUUUCAUGCUGAUGAGCCUCACAAGUUUGCUAGUGUCCACAAGGUGUUUGGUGCUAGCAAUGUUAACAAGAUGUUACAGGAAUUGCCGGAACACCAACGAAGCGAUGCAGUGAGUUCGAUGGUGUACGAGGCAAACGCCAGGGUUCGUGACCCCGUCUACGGCUGUGUAGGAGCCAUUUCGUCGUUGCAACGACAGGUCGAUUCCCUGCAAACUCAAUUGGCACUUGUUCAAGCCGAGUUGGUUCAGAUGAGGAUGCGCCAAUUCGGUUCGACGUCGUCAAACCCCGGCACAGGCUCGCCCGAGAACUUGCCGCCUCAUCAGUCCAAGUCCUUUUUUUGUAUGGACAUGGUUGAUCAGGCUAAUAUGACCGAGUCUUUAUGGUCAUACUAGAGUGGUUUGUGCUUUGCUUGUUAUGCUUUUAUGGUUGCUUCUUCUCUCACAUAUAUAUAUUAUAUACCCCAGUUCUACCUGACCCAGGUGGAUUUGAUUAAUACAAUGAUAGUGAUCAUUAUGACCAUUAAAAUAUUGUAAAUAUACAAUUAGGACUUAAUUUACGUUAUCACUACCUACUUUUUGUAUUGCUUCCUUGUACAUGUUUAUUGCUAUAACUAUGCUU